AUGCAUACUCCCUUGCGCACUUUAGGUAGAGAUGGCCCCCAGGUCUCUGCCGUCGGGUUCGGGUUCGGGAGCGUCAGCGGAUUCUACGGACCAGCUGGUACCGUCGACGACAGAGUAGCUCUUCUGGGGCAUGCACAUUCUGCAGGACUACGCUUCUGGGACCUGGCUGAUGUCUAUGGCAACUCCGAGGAUGUCGCUGGUGAAUGGUUCAAGCGAUCUGGAAAGCGCGAUGACAUUUUCCUGGCGACCAAGUUUGCUCUCCAGUGGCAGCGAGGAGGAAAGUACACUUUUCGGUCGGAUCCGGAGUACGUUAAGGCUGCAUGUGCAAAGAGCCUUCAGAGACUCGGAGUAGACACUAUUGACCUCUACUACUGCCAUCGGGUAGAUGGGGUAACACCUAUUGAAAAGACCAUUGAAGCUAUGGUAGAGCUGAAGAAAGAGGGGAAAAUUCGCUAUCUCGGCCUGUCAGAGGUUUCAGCAGCCACACUGCGUCGAGCGCAUGCCGUUCACCCCAUUUCCGCUCUGCAAAUGGAAUACAGUCUCUUUGCACUAGACAUCGAAUUUUCAGAGAUCUUGAAGACCUGUCGCGAGCUGGGUGUGACCGUCGUUGCCUACAGCCCUAUUGGACGUGGUGUCCUAGCCGGCCAGUUCCGAUCUUACACAGACAUCCCUGAAGGUGAUAUACGCCGUGUGUACCCAAGGUACUCAGAGAAGAACUUCCCGAGUAUCUCAAAGCUAUUGCAGGCAUUGGAAAAUGUUGCCCGUACUAAUCGAAGCACCCCGGCACAGGUUGCUCUUGCGUGGCUUCUCGCGCAAGGUCCAGAUAUCAUCCCCAUCCCAGGUACGAAGUCGCCCGCCAGAAUGGACGAAAAUGCGGCCUCUGCAAUCCUUCAUUUGAGUGAUCAGGAGGUGCAAGAGAUCCGGACUCUGGUGGAGAAAACUCAAAUCGAAGGUUCUCGGUACCCGGCGAUGGCAACUCUUCACACCGAUACCCCGAAACUAUAG